CACGCCGCUUCUCCUGACCAUCAAAACCCGCCUUCAACCUCGCCAGCGCGCGAAAAUCCCCAUUGCGCUGGCCGGCGAGAGCUCCGAAUCAAUAAUUUAUUUUCUCCUAUUUAUUCAUAAUGCCCGUUCCUGAAAGGGCAUCCCUUCAUCGGAUCUAUCACUAUGGACUAUUGAGUCUCCUCUUCCUCCACACAUCCACCGCAGCGGGGAGAAGCAGCAGUGAGCAACGCGCAACAGCAAACCCCGGCUACAGUUAUGGCCAAGCGGUGCCAGUAACAUGUCUGAACCGGACGAUUGACUCCGGCGAACACAUAACCGACCCCCUGGGCAACCUCCAAUACAUCCCCUUCCCAACAUGCAACGAGACCUCCCAACCGCUAUCCCUCCACUACGGCAUCGCCGAACAAACCCUAACAUGCACCAUCGCCUCCCUCCCCGAUGAACUCUACCACUUACUAGAGUACUACGUCCACUCGGACGUGCCCAUGACAUGUCGCGUGCCCACCGCGCCGCUUCUCUCUGCCUCCCCUUCCUCCCCGGACAUCGACAUCAUCGAUGAUGUGGACUCCACCGGCGAACAAGCCUACACGCCCAUCACCUUCGCCAUCCAGGGCACGCUACAGCUAAGCCAUCUGCAUAUCUGGACGGAUAUGAAUGUCCUGGUGCAUAAUAUGGCCAGUACGGAGAAGAAAAAGAAUAAGCGCACGGACCCUGGGUAUGUGGUUGCGGGCACGGCGUACAGUGUGCCCGAGUUUGAUAAUCGGGGGGCGAGGGAGCCGUGGACGGAGGGUCAUGGGACGAAGGUUGUGAGGGGGGAGCCGUUGACGUUUCGGUUUAGUGUUAAGUGGGUUGAGGGCGGGAGGGGGAUUGGGUGGCCUAGUGAUGGGGAUGGGUAUGAGGAGGAGAAGGGGAGUUGUGGAGGGGGGUGGUUUUCGAGGGUCGUGUUUUUUGGGUUGGCGGCGGUGGUUGGGGCUGUGUUGGCGGUUUAUUGGGAGAGGGUUUAUGGGAGGGGACGCGGGAGGGGGGAGGGGAUUCUGGGGGUUACUGGUGGUGCUGGGAGGAAGGGGUUUGGUGGGAAUGGGAAUGGGGUUAGGAUGAAUGGGUAUGGAGGGUAUUCGCCUGCGAGUGUUGCUGUGGGUGGUGGUGCUGGUGGUGCUGGUGGUAGUGUAGGAGGGGGAGGAGGAUAUGGUGGGUAUGGGUAUGGAGGGUAUAUGAGUGGGAAGAGGGAUUGAUGUGUAUAUUGACUGAUUGAUUGAUUGAUUGAUUGAAUGUAUGAUUGAUGUGGAUGAUUAUUGAUAGAUGGAGGUACAAACAAAAGAUGUAUGCAGAUGCAGAUGCAGAUAUACUACCAGUAUAGUAUCUCAUGUAGAUUCAACAGACAUAGCAAGACAAAUGAAAUACAACAUAACACAACGAAAAUACAACACUACAACAAUAUAGUACACAAAAUAACCCUUUUACCCACUUCCCCCAUCAUACAUAUCCCUCUAUACACACACCCCCAAC